AUUUCAACAUGGCUGUCUAUCUAUGAAGCGGUCUUUGUCUAGUUUGUGAUGGAUUUUGAGUUUAAGUUGAAAUCAAAUGAGCAAAGAGAAAGAGUAGAAGACAAAUUCGACUUUGAAGGCUGCAAAGUUGGCCGUGGUACUUAUGGACACGUUUACAAAGCAAAACAAAAAGAUUGGUUAGUUUUGAAGCGCGAGAAGAUAAUAUUUUCUUUCGUUCCUGGCAUUGUUUACAUUUUCAUGUAGAUUCAGUUGAUACUAAGUAGUUUUGGUCUCUUUCUCAUUCAAGUCCGAAUGGAAAAUAUUUCGCUCUCAAGCAGAUCGAGGGAACAGGGAUUUCAAUGUCAGCUUGCCGUGAGAUAGCAGUAUGUACAGAAUUCAUCGUAAUUAGCUCAUUUAAGACUUAAUUAAGCCUCAUCAACCCAAAUGCUUGAUUUGUUUGAAAAGGAUUUCAUGGUACUUCUCUGGAAAUAGAACAUUUUGAUUGAUUGGUAUGUGUUUCUCACUCUUUAUCUAAAAAUAUCUCUCAAAAUUAACAAGAUAAGACACAUUGUAUUUUUAUUUACAUUCUCUGCACAUGUGGUGCAUUAAACUUACUUAAAGUCCAUAAAUAAGUGCAACCUAUAAGUUGUUAAAUGAAAACUGAUGGAUCACACUGCCUUAGUAAUUUAACUGAACUCCUUUCAUAUUCACAGUGCUCAGUCUCCUACAGCUUUGUGUGGCUAUUUUUUGGGUGGUUACUCAUGCAAUGUUCCUCACCACAAAAUUAACAGAUUCCAAGAGACAACACAAAGAACCUGUAGCUGCAUAGAGGAGUCCUAAAUUAAUAAGAGUGACUUAACAUUUGAAGGAAUAUUUGAAAAAUGCAAGAAAUCUACAUACUGUAUAUCUUUUUUAAGCAUCUUUCUUUGCUGAUUAACAUGGAUUUAAUAUUUAAGCCAUCCUGUAAAGAAACUGACAGGAUCUAAAGUCAGUAAAAGCAAAAUUAAUAUAUGCAAGAUUGGAGAUACCUUUUUAUUAUUUAUUUCUUUACUUCUUUAGUUCUAGGCCUUUUUUUCACGAGUUUAAAACUGCAAUGAAUCAUCAUUUUGUAUUUUAUUCAUUCAAAUUCUUCUAGCUUCUACGAGAGCUGAAGCAUCCUAAUGUGAUUGCCUUACAACGAGUCUUCCUAUCACAUGCAGAUCGCAAAGUCUGGCUCUUGUUUGAUUUUGCAGAGCAUGAUCUAUGGGUGAGUUGAACAUUUAGAAAUAUCAUGUUAGGUACGGAGAAACGUCCUUGCUUGUGUCCUGUUAUUGGCUUAAUUUUGUUACUUUUAGGGGAAUGUUACUUUAGAGAGGAAAAAAAUACGAACUGAAUGCAUGAUCAAAAUGACAAGUUUACAUGACAACAUGACAAACAUAUACGCCAAAUAUGGAAUGUACUUGUAGAACAAGAGAAAAAAUAAUCUUUUUAAGUUAUUUUCUGUAUUAUUCUAUUUGAAUCUACAGUAAAUUAUCUGAAAUAAUAAUAAUAUUAAAAAGAUUACAAAUGUUCUAACAAAUUUAUGGCCCAAGAAAGAAACCAAGAAGGUCUUUUUUACUAAGAAAUUUUUUUUUUCUGUAUGAGUGAAGGUGCCUCGUCAAGACUAGAUUUGUACAAGAUAUUUCCAUUUUGAGUCCUUGUAGAUUUGAGAUGUGUGCAUGCAAAUCUAAGCAAAAAUCAUUAAUAUUAUCAAACUAAAUUUACUAUGCCAAUCUUGUUGUGUAGGAAACAUACAUAAUUUAAAGUUAGAACCCACAGUCCUUCUCUGAUUUGAAAAGAGAUGAAGGAGAUGAGGAGAAACAACCUUACAGUGAUCUGGACCAGACCUAAGUCAUGUGACAUGAUCAACCUAUCAUGAAUGUUCAAGGCUCUAGAAAAACUUAAGAAUUUUACCAGUGUUGUGACACAAGUCUUAUGAUUAAGUACAAUUAAACUAACUUUGUUUUCUUAGCAUGAGGAUAAAAAAAAUACACUAUACAUGUACAGGCAAAUUUUGGUGUGGAAAGUAUUUGUGUCAACAAAUCCCAAAUAUUUGACAAUUAUUCCAUGAGUGCACAUUGAGUAUGAGAUGGUAGAUAGCCAAUGAGGUGCAUAGUGCCGAGUUGGCUAUAAUCAUCUCAUAUCCAAUAAGCGUAUUUUUUUAAUUAAAAAAUGCCCACAAAAUAUCGAGAAUUUUUCCCAACUUUAUUUGUAAAGACAACCGAUUUUCAGCUUGUUUUUGAUUUUGAGCAUAUGACAGUUACCAUAUUUGGAGAGCAUGGUAUGAUGGCUCAUAUACGAUGAUGGCUAAGCCAAUCCAAGCACUAGAAUUGCAUUAUCCAAUGAUUCAGUUUUUAAUAAUUACAAAUAUUAUCAAUUUUUAUGCUUACCCCCCGUAAAUAUUUUUUCUAGCAUAUAAUCAAGUACCACAGAGCCUCCAAGGCUCAGAAGAAGGCAGUUCCUGUCCCUAAAGGAAUGGUGAAAUCUCUACUUUAUCAAAUUUUAGAUGGGAUUCAUUAUCUUCACUCUAACUGGGUACUUCAUAGAGACUUGGUAGGUUGCUUUGUUUGUGUAUGAGUUAACUCUCCAGGUGCUGAGCCAAGCUUUAAACAGUACAUGACUUAUCUCUUUAUGAUAUCUUUUGUUACUUAAAAAGAGUCGAAUAGUUUAACAGGGGUUAACAACUUGAACUCCAGAUCUGGAGGUCCGGGUUUCAAGCCUUGCCCGUUGCAUUGUCUCCUUAGACAAGGAGCUUUACUCCACUUUGUCUCUCUUCACCCAGGUGUAUAAAUGGGUACCGGUGACAUACUGCGUGGGGGUAACCCUGCUAUGUACUAGCCUCCCGUCCAGGGGGGAGUACGAAUACUCCUAGGUAUGCUACAUGCUAAAGAAAGCGGGGUAAGCUCCGGCUGUUUCGGCCUUUGGCUUGUGUGUGCAAUAUCUUUAUUUAUUAUUUUAAAAUGUAUAAUUAUCAAUUAAUAUGGAUCUGUGGAGUUCUUUGCAAUCGCACCCUCCAGGACUAAAGGAUGCUUGAUGAGUUAAUCAUGACUGACCCUUCCAUCACAAAUGAGUUACCAGUAUCUAACCGCUCCUUAAAAUAGCACUGCUUAAUUAAACAUGAGUAUUUAUUUUCCCCAGAAACCAGCCAAUAUACUUGUUAUGGGUGAGGGCCAGGAAAAGGGUAGAGUAAAGAUCGGUAAGUGACUGUUAAGACACUUUUCAAGUACAGACAACAGUGUAUUUACAUUAAUUAACACUGGCAACUAGAGGUACAAGCAUCUUUCAUUAUUUUAAGUUUAAAUCAAAUGGUCACUUACAAUUUUGUACUACAUUUGUACAGAUGUAUCAGUGUAUGAUACUCUGAUACAGCUGUAGUGUGUGUGUCCUUUUUAGAACAACUUUUACUUACAUGAAUUGUAUUGUCAGCAAUUUUGUAUGGUGCCAUGUUCAAUUUAGGGCUUUUGAUAUUAUGUAAUGGUACAAGUAUAGGUAUGAUUUUGUACAGUUGAUCUCAAAUGAAAAUAAAAAAAUCACAUCCAACUUCAUAAUUCAAUGUGUGUGGGAAGAUCUAGAUCUAGUGAUGCAUUAAUUAUUUUAUUUUGCUUUGUCACCAGCUGAUAUGGGGUUUGCAAGGUUAUUCAAUGCACCUUUAAAGCCCCUUGCUGAUCUGGAUCCAGUGGUGGUAACAUUUUGGUACAGAGCUCCUGAAUUACUACUUGGUGCCAGACAUUACACUAAAGCAAUAGGUAAAGCACAUAUGGCUUUCAUGCCAUGUGGCUCAGCUUUUGUCUCUUUUCUUCACUUCUUGGUUUGCAACCAUGUGAUAAGGUGGUCAUGUUGGGGCUGAACAAGGAAAUUUUUCUCGAAGAUUUUACAUGAAAAUGACAUCACAUGCAAAAUUACCAAUUUGGUUGUUAUAAUAAAGUGUAUACUUACAUUUACUAUCAGUCUUCUCAUAAGCUAAAACCUUCUGUUAUUUUGGAAAUCAGUGCAACUUACAGAUUAUUGGAUGUGUUUCCAGUAAAUCACCAUUACACAUGCAUCUUUAUUAUUGUAACAGUUACAAUACAGUUUACAGUUACUGUAUAACUAUUUUUUAUGUAUCUUGACACUUUUGAGAAAGUCUCAGGGGCUUCAAAAACGUUGUGAUUAAAAAUUCUAGUUGCCAAUUUGGAAUCUUAUUUUCAGGAUGUGGUCACCAAUUGCAUGUGUUUGUUAGUGCCUAUGCUUUGGCAAAAUUUCAUGCCCAACGGUCAACACCCCCCCUCCCCCUUCCCUUCCCCCUACUCGUGUAGUGCAAAUACCAGAGUGUCGGCAUUAUUGGUUUAUCUAAUUAUUAUGAAAGUAGCAAUUGUAUGAAGUUCAUUCUUUGGGAGCAAGUGAAUUGUCCACAGAUUUAUUGACUCCAUUUGUUACCACAUGUAAUUUACCGUAUUUGUCACUGCUGGACUGCAUUAUAUUUUACUCUUUUAAUAUGGAGUACAUACAAUUUUCUAUAUUUCCUAGAUAUAUGGGCUAUAGGAUGUAUUUUUGCAGAGCUCUUAACUUGUGAACCUAUAUUUCACUGCCGUCAAGAGGACAUCAAAACCAGCAAUCCUUAUCACCAUGAGCAGCUGGAUAGAAUAUUCAAUGUGAUGGGAUUUCCACAAGGUAAGGAUUCAUGAAAUACAUGCUUGAAUUAUAUACCCAGCGCUGGGUAAAGCUUCUGGUUUCUAACCUUUCACGGAUUAUCGUUAGUGAACGUUUUUGCGUGAGAGGUCACAAUUAAUAAUCAAAAACGCAGGAGGAAAAUCCGUUAUCUUAGAGAGUGGCAAGAAACAGGUUCAGCUAUUGGUCAAAUCAGAACUGAAACCGCCUUGCAUAUUAUUUUGUACCCUUGGAAACUUCUUCCCGAUACUGUGAACAAUAAACGGGAGUGUCCGUCGUUUCACUCAGACUGAGGGGGUGUGGUGGGAUUAAAUUUUGUGGGUUGGUACCGCUCAAGGUGUUGAGCUAGAGUAACUGCUGUAAGAGGUGAGGGGAUGCAUUUUAAGGUAUUUAGCUAGAAAAUUAAAGAAGGUUUUUGUUAGUUAACUGAAUAGUCUUUAUCGUUACUAAAAACUGCCACUGGCAGUUGACGAAUGUUAUUGUUACACCUUUUUGGGUGUACUUUCGCAAUUUUCCGACAAGCUCCUCUGUCGUUUUUAUAUGGGAGUAGUCCACUGCUCCUUCCCUCGAGCCCGAUGUGGUGGCCAAUCAGCCACGAAACCCUCUCCGCUUACAUUCAGUCCAUUGUAUAUGUAUACAUGCUUCUCAUGUAAUCUGCCUUAUUUCUCCUGAGAAUCUUCGUUUUUUUUCCCAAAUGUUAUUAAUACUAGUCAGUAUUCAGUAUUCACCCUAUUUUAAUGUAUUGUACGAUAAUAAUUAAUUUUACUUAGUAUUGUAAUUGUAUUGUAUUGUAAUUGUAAUUAUUAACUUUAUAUUUAGUAUUCAGUUUAUUUUAAUGUAUUGUGCGAUAAUAAUUAAUUCUAUUUAGUAUUGUAAUUGUAUUGUAAUUAUAUUGUAAUUGUAAUUGUUCACUUUGUAUUUAGUAUUUAGUGUUCAGCUUAUUUUAAUGUAUUGUACGAUAAUAAUAAUUAAUUCUACUUAGUAUUUUAAUUGUAUUGUUAUUGUAAUUAUUCUACUUAGUGUCAAGCCACUGCUCGCCUCGAAUAGCUAUAGCUAACUGCGAGCAGUGGUACAUCAUAUUUUGUAUUUUCUCAAUUUCUCUUAAUAAACUUGUAACUUGUAACGUUCGUUGUAACAUUUGUACAAAGUAUCCCUUUAUUUUUCAGAGCGUGACUGGGAGGAUAUUAGAAAGAUGCCAGAACAUGGAACUUUACAAAAAGACUUCCGAAAGGCAAAGUAUGAAUUUCCGCCGCAAACUCUUUGUUUACUGGAUAGCUUAAGUCCAAUUGGCAAAAGUGGAAAAUACCAGAAUUACAGUUUCCGGUUUGGGUGAUGCCUCAUUUGACUCUUACUUUGCGCAGUGCCCUUAACAACAUCUUUAAUUCUUUGCACGAUUUGCAUGUGCAAUGGAUCAGCCCCUCACAACUUUACAUAUAUUGCAAUUGUAGUUUAUGCAAACAAAUAUAGCAAACAAGCAGAAAACAUUAACAACAACAACAAAACCAAAAAAAAUCAAAACAAAACAAAAGAUGAUGCAAACGUAAGGUUUACAUGAGGCACCGCCCAAACGGCAGGUUAAACUGAAGAAUGUUGUGGUAUUAGACAUGCUUUGGCCCGUUGAAUUGUAGUGCUUAUUCGAGGCUGAGCGCGUUCUUAAUUGAGUCCGACUGCAUUUUUGUUCUGUCCGACAAAACUGGUGACCUAACCCGACAUGUGUCCUCUCAUGAAAGAAAAAUUAUUUGCAGAUCGUGGGGAGUCCCCUAAAUGUCGGGCUGGGUUUGCGAGAGGUUUAAAAAAAGUAAUGGCAAAAGGCACAAUUUAGAAUACAUUUAUCACAGUAGUUGUAUUUAUUGCCUUUUAGUUACGUAAAUGCUAGCUUAUGGAAAUACAUGGAGAAGCACAAAGUGAAACAGGAUAGUAGAGCAUUUCAGUUGGUAAGAUCGAUAUUUUCACAUAGACUAUAAAAAAGAAAGUAUCACAGAGAAUCUCACAACCCUCCUGAAGGUUACUAUUAUGCUCGACGACUCAAUUCUGUGAUGUUUGUGGCUAUACAAUUUAAUUGGGUAUAUCACAAAAUUUAGCUGCCGCUCCAGUAAUGUGUCCCAGCAAAAUUCCCCCUGUAUUAUUCCAAAUCUUUAGAAUCGCCAAAUUAAAGUACCGCAAAUAAUAGGGAGUUUAAGCAACAGCGUUUUUGAGCGGAAGUGGUCUUUUUGGAUCAUUGAGCAGUGGUUUGGUUCAAGUUCUCGGAUAAAUUGCCUUUAUAAGAGAAAAGACACUCAGCAAUACAAAUUUGUUAGCGUUAAGGCAUAUAAAAAAGGAGAAGGCCUAACUUCCGGUUGGGGUGCGUCGCUCAAAAACCUCUUUGCUAGGUAUUCGGACCGUAGCGGAAGUGAAUAAUUAGGAGCGAGGACUGGAACCCACUGGGUCGAAAGUAAUUAUUCAGGAGUGAGGACUGGAAUUUAGUGCACCAGACCCUCUAGGCCAACCAUGGUACGAUGUUCAAUGUAUGUGAAAGACUUGUUCCAGUUCUGUUCCGUUGCUCUCCAUACUAUACCGGAUACCUUUUGGACUGUUAUACGUUUCUGGAAAACUGCCCACCUACCCGUCCCCUAAGCCAACAUUUUGCCCUAAGUGAGAAGUAAGUGUCAAUGGUGCCUUAAGGGAGGGACCUUAAGGCAGCAUUUGGUAGGUGGGCAGGUGAACAUAGCCUCAGAUGAAACACAAACAGGUGUGACGCCGAGUUCGCUUGUUUUUUUAUUGCUGUCUUAAUAAGCGGAUUUUGAGAGUGAAUGAACCGCGUAGCACUCGCAUGGAGAGAAAUUAAGUAUUAAAGUUGUAAUAUAGAGUGAGUGCAGCACUCACGCUAUACUACAACUUUAAUGGGUUGUCAGAAAGGUUUGGAAUAGACGGCGGAGUUAUCAACGUAAGCGGCCUGUCCAGGGAUAUGUUGUUUACAAAACGCCAUCUGUAAUGGAGUGCCAAGCAGAGUAGCCGGCCGAUACUAACCACGUAGGCGGCGACUUUCGCCCGCAGCCGGCUACUUUCGACAACCCUGGUCACAGCGCUGAGAAGUGAGAAACUGUGCAAAUCCCUCAGAACUUCUGUCACGUACGAGUUCUAGAAAGUUUGAAUCAUCAUACGUUUCUGGGAAACUGCAAACCUCCCCCCCUCCUCCCCUGAGCCAACAUUAACACUUACUUCUCACUUAAGGCAAAAUGUUGGCUUAGGGGAGGGGCAGGUGGACAGUUUCCCAGAAACGGUAUAAUGAUCCGAAAGUUCUAGCCUAGAAAACAAACUUAAGUUAUUUGUUUGUUCUUGAGAGGUUGUUGCUAUUAGUUACGGUGCGGUGUAGGUCGAUGUUGUUGAUGAUAUCCAGUAAAGGAAGAACGUGGUUAGUUUUUAGCUCCACUGACUGUAAAGUAUCACGUUUAUUGUAUUUAAAGCUAUCCAGAUUGUUGGUAAUGGACCCAAAUAAAAGAAUAACGUCGGAACAAGCUUUACAAGAUCCUUACUUUAAAGAAGAUCCUCUACCGACACCUGAGUAAGUACUGAGUAAAUAUUUCUUUCUUGUAGCCUAACUUACACUUACAGACGAGUUUGUUGCUACAUUGUCUUCAGUUUUUUUAUCAACUUUCGUCUUAAGGGCAGUGUCGUGAGCAGCAAACGAAAUCGUAGGUGUAAAAUGGCUGUAAAGCUUUUACAGUGCAACUACUUGAACCGGGGCACUUAGAAAAAAGAUUAUCAAAUUCAAGGUUUUUUGGGAACAAAAGAUUCUCAAUUUUUUUUUUUUUUUUUGCAAACGGACUAAUAACGUGCAUAAAUUUAAGGGCUAUUUCCUGAGCGGCCAGGUAAGUUAAAACAGUUGUAAAGUUUCAAACGGUUGCAUGGUUGAACCUUGAAUUUCAUUGGUCCGUUUGCCAAAGGAAAAAAAAACUUGGGAAUCUUUUGGUUCCAAAAAACGCCGUGAUUGGAUUAUCUUCUUUCAAUUGCCCCAGUUUUAGUUGUCCACUGUAAAUGCUGUGAUAUGUAAGGGCGGGUGAGGUACCAGUGACAAUCUCUGUAUAUUAUAUUUCUACAAUUAAAAAUAGCAGUCGUUUAUUGGCUUUAAGUUAAACACCCUUGCUAUGAAUGCCUUAAUGUGGACGUUAGAUUUGUUCCACAAAAUGCGCUUUGUUUAAGAAGUGAUCUCAGAACGCAAUGGACAGUCGACUCUCUCUUAACGGACACCUCUGUAAAACAGACACCUAGAGUUUGUCUCUGUCUUAUUCCUUACUCCCCUUCAUUUGACUCUCUAUAAGACGGCAUCUCUCUAAGACGGGCACUUAGUGAAGUUAUGAAUAUAUGAAAAUCAUAUAUGUGAACUGCCGGGUGAAUAAUUAUUACAUGAUAGUAGAUCAUUGGAGUUAUAGACCCAACUUUUGCAGCUGCGAAAAGAAAGCCUGGAAAAAAAAAUCAGGAUUGUACGGGAUUCAAACCCUUGACCUCUGCGUUACCGGUGCAGCGCUCUUACCAAUUGAGCUAAUAAUCCAACUGGGAGCAGGUCGUUGAAUUUGUUCGUUAUAAACCCGUGAAAGAAUGUUGCACCGGUAUCGCAGAGGUCAAGGAUUCGAAUCCCAUAAAUGCCUGAAUUUUUUUUCCGGCUUUCUUUUCGCAACUGCAAAAGUUGCGUCUUCAACUGCGAUGGUCUAUCUUCAUAUAAUAACUACGGACACAUAGUGCCGGUUCCAAAGAUGUUUGUCUUAAGAGAUCUGACUGUAACACUCGAGGCUUUAUCUACACUAUACAUAUGUAGUAUUAGUAAAAUCCAACUAGUGGUCUAUUAUCAAUGCUGCAUUCUAAUUAGAUGAGCUACUACUAGGCUAUAUGUUAUAGCCCACUAGAAGCGAAAAGCGCCGGCUUUGAAAACCAAAAUAAAGGCGGCUGAAUCGCGUUUUGCUAGCUUAAGUUGUUUUGUGUCGAUAUUUUUUACCAGCUAGUUGGAUUUUACUAAAAAAAUUAUUCCUCUCGCCCUCAUGGCCUCUGAGUCAAUAUAGCCCGUUCAGCCUUCGGCCUCACGGGCUAUUGACUCAGAGCCCAUUCGGGCUCGAGGAAUAAUUGUUAAAUACACAUUUACAAAUUGUCAUGCAUGGAUGUAAUAUAACCGCUUGAUUUUUGUGAUUCUAGUGCGUUUGGAGGAAUGACGAUUCCCUAUCCUAAAAGAGAAUUUCUUAAUGAUGAUGAUAGUGAUUCAAAAUCCAGUGCCGCGAAGGUAAUUAUCAUAAACAUUUGUCCAAUAUUGAACCAACUAACUGUUUCACUAUACUGGCUAAACAUCUCUAUUGUACGGAAAGGGUAGUCAGAUAAUGUUGGGCCGACCCUUGUUAUAUAAUACAAGGGUAAAGUUUUUUCCACUGCUGGUUCAAUAAAGGCGCGCCCUUGAGCUGAUCCAGAGUACAAGAACGGAUGUAAGCCCAUUCAAAGGGGCUUUAUAUGAUGGGUGCUUGCUUGUUGGUUGGUGCAUGAAAAGAAAUUUAUAUAUAUUUUUAAUCAGUUCAAGUGAUAGAGUAAACUGGCCGCCGCAGAGAGAUUCUAAAGCUGUCUGAUCUCUCGUUAUUGAAAGCAGACUAUAACCAUUAGUGAGCUAAAGUCUUCUGGAUCAUUUGCGUUCUAAUUGGAGCUCACAGUUAGGGCUUUUAGAUCAACUAGCAGUGGCCUAAUUAGUUCAUCAACUAAUCAUAACAGUUUGUCUUUUAAGUAAUCCCUUCGUUCAUGACCAAAGGCGUAUUCUAGAAGCACACACUGUGAAACCGUACCAUUUUGUCACCUUAGAAAGUUCACUCGGGAAGAAAAUAAUUUAUCAGCAGUGCUAACGUUCACUAACGGUCAAGUAGUCGAUAGGAAGCAGGCCAAUAUUAGACGAGGUACACAGUACGUACGAAUCAAAGUGUGGUUAUCUCGCUGAGAAAGGCCAACAUUUUAACACUUACAGACUAACAAGCAAGAGAACUCGGACACUAAUGGUCAGCCGAGUGCUAAACGAGUUCGUGUCGUGACUGCUGAGCAGUUUCAGGUAAAGUAUUGUGUGUCUAACAGGGUCAGUCGACAUCUCUUCACCCCCGGAAAACACUAAGGACCACUGUGUAUGUCCCCCCUUGUAUCAAGAACAUUAACAAACCGAAUUUUCUGCUUACGGUUAAUGACUAACAACUAACAGACUAGUAAUAACCAGAGGUUACAGAGUGCGGGCGACAACGAUCGAGGGUCAAAACGCUCCAGCGCUGUGCUUUGCGCAAGUUUCACGCGACAGAUGCUAAAACACGCGUGAUCAGAUUACGAGUGAGAGAAGGUCCAAACGCGCGUGAUCAAAGUGCGUUUUGUGCAUUCCAUUCAUUCCAAGUUGGCUACGUACAUGCGACGCAUGCGUAAUAACAACCUGGAUAUUAGGAUUACGGGCUCCUCUUGUCGCCCGCAAUACAGUAAAAAGUGCUUAUUAUUGCUACUUUAGGAACACCUUGACCUAGAUACAUUGUUUCGAAAGAAGGUCAAAAUGUCAAUUUAAUUUCUAACAGUUGGAAUUGUUUUUUCCUGUCCGCUUUGUAGAAAGAGGUCCGAGUUAGAAAGUGUUAUUAAUUCUAACAAGUUAACCUCGAUCCUUAUUAUGGCAUUUAAGAUCCCUCUCGAAGCUAUUAAUUGGGAGGUUGAAAAUCAACUGAAACCUACCAUAUUUUGUAUUUCGUUUAGACCUUUAUUGAAGUACAGUACAGUCGACUCCCGAUAACUCGAACCAAAAUCGAUUUCCCCGGGAUUUCCGUCAAACAUUUACUGUAAUUUUACCCUCGACAACUCGAACUCCCGCUAACUCGAACCAAUUUUCGUUUCCCCUCAGGUCAUUUUCUAUAUAAUUUUACCCUCGAUAACUCGAACCAUGUUUUGAGCCCAUAGAAAGUCGGGAAAAAAGCCGUCUACGGGCGUCCGACACAUUGAAUUUUGGAUUUCCUAUUAACGUUUUGUAGGAGUAUAGUUUACUAAUGGAGGCUGAUGUUGAUUGUCACAGGCUAACGUGAAGCAGCUUUACUUCUCAAAACAGUAAAACGCAUGCUCUAUUUAGGCUAUGUUUUGUUACGUUACGUUCUGAUUUAUAAUCUAGAAGUAUCUCUUAAUUUUCACUUGACAUUUCUACAGCUAAAUGUGAUUAAAAUGUUCACUGUGCAGUAAAACCUGUUUUAUACCUUACUCUCGGCUAUUUUCUUCGAGCUCCCGAUAAGUCGAACUCCCGAUAACUCGAACUUUUUCGAUUUCCCUUGAAGGUUCGAGUUAUCGGGAGUCGACUGUAUUUACAUUUUACAGUCUGUAUUAUGUAGUUAUAGCAGUUUGUGCCAGACAAGUCCUAGGCACACUUCGCGCGUUCUCUUGGCCUUAUAUGAUGAAACAACUGGUAUAUUCACGACUAUUACAUUACGUUAAUCAGAUAUGUCAAUCACCCCUUUUUUUUUUUUUUUACCAUGUUCUAAAAUGUUUCCGUUGUCUUGUUUCAUUUUAGCAAAAGCAACAGUCAUUUGCAUAUCAAGGACAGGGCAACCAACAGGCCCAGUCCUCCAGCGGACAGCAGACUGGUCAUGUGGGACGGUUCCUGCAGCAGCAGUUUCAAACGAAUAAUAGUCAAAACAACUCCACCCCAACCAAUCGGCAGUUCUGAUUGACCCUGCCUCGGAAAUGAGUCUUCUUGACUCCUAUCUACUGAAUUAUCAUUAUUAUUCACUUUGAAAUUUAAAAUCCAUUAGAAGGAAACGACCCGCAUCUGAACUGGAUUCAGGUUGUGCCAGUAUGCUUUGUCAGUGAGAUAUGUCGUUAGGAAGCGAUAACAAACGGUCAUUUGUUCUGCGGAUUCCCAAAACCGGGAAGCGGGAAGCGGGAAACCGCAGCUCGUAAUUUUUGGCGGGAAAACAUUUGAUACUCCUGCUGUCACGAAGCUCUUCGAAACUUGUAAUAUGGUAUAUCUUAAAAAAAAGGCUGUUGUAAACCAUGUAUGAACUCUGUUUCCAUGUCUGUAUAUUAAAUUCCUUAACUCAG